UCUCGGCCCAUCGCUUUACGCACGAGUUAUAUUUUUACAAUGUAAUCUUUUAGAAACAGACACGACAGUAGUGCGCUUUACAAUACGCAUGUAAGGAUUCUUUAAAACAAGAUGGAAGUAUCUCUUAUUAUUUGGCUUCUACAUUAAUCCCCGCCUGCUAAGAGCUAUUUUUUUUAGAUGAAGUUAGCAUGAUGUAAGUUUCCUGAAGUGAUUUUUCGGAGUGAGUAGACAACCGCCGACCGUAUGUCCUGGUUUGAUUGCAGUUGUAUCACGAAUGACUGAGCUGUGGUCAUCACCAUGGGUACCAAAGUUGUUGUGUGCUGCAGCGUGCUGUACAUUCUGGUUGACAGCAUCAUCACCACUGUCCUGUACACACAUGGAUCCCAGCCUUCCCUUUUUCUAGAUGAUGCUCUACACUUCAAUAUCCUCCGGUCCGUCUUGGACCUCUGGGGCACCGUGCUGCUCCGAGCCUCCCUCCUGCUGGGGGCCUCCAUAGGGGUUUCAUGGAACAAGGAAGAAGGCCCAUUGAGAGUCGCCAAGCUCACCACUUUCAUUCUCUUCCUCUGCAUGGUUGUCAUCACUUACGCCCUGGCCAAGAUGUUGAUGCUGACAGAGAUGGAGCCUCUGAGCCAUCAGCCGUGGUUCUUGAGUUUGAUCGGUUGGACAUGUGCCUCGUCUUUGUGUGUCAUGCUGCUCUGGAGGCAGCUAGGGAAGAAAUCCAGCUUGGUGGGCAGUCACAGCAUCCAAAGCAGCAGCCGUAGUGGAGGAGGAGGAGGCUCUGAGGACACUGAGAAGUUGAUGGAGACAGCUGGUGAAGAGGAUGAGAAGGAGGAGGAGGGUCAGAAAAAGGGGAAAGGCACAAAGAGCGGUUCUGGAGCUACACUGGGACGCUUGCUCAGCUACUGUAAAAAAGAUGCAGGACUACUUUCUGUAGCCGUAUUCUUCCUCCUCAUUUCUGCAUUGUGUGAGGCCUUUAUUCCUUUCUUUUAUGGUAAAGCCAUAGACGGCAUUGUAGUCCACCAGAGCAUGGGCUACUUCGCUAAACCCGUGAUCACACUGGCAGCUCUGGCCUUAGUCAGUUCACUUGCCAUUGGGAUACGAGGGGGAGUGUUCACCCUGAUUAUGGCCAGACUAAACCUUCGUCUUAGGAGUCAUCUUUUCAGAACCUUGAUGAGGCAAGAAAUAGCCUUUUUUGAUGAAAACCACACAGGGGACAUUAUUUCCCGCCUGUCAGCUGACACCACUCAGGUGAGCGACCUGAUCUCCCAGAAUAUAAAUAUUUUCUUGCGGAGCGGCAUCAAAGGCGUUGGCUUCAUCAUCUUCAUGCUCGGGAUGUCCUGGAAGCUUACGAUGGUCGCCAUCAUGGGAUUUCCUUUUAUCGCUCUUGUCUCCAAAGUUUAUGGCAAAUACUACAAGAAACUGAGCAAGGAGGUACAAACAACCCUCGCAGAGGCCAAUAAAAUUGCAGAAGAAACCAUGUCAGCCAUGAGGACGGUGCGCAGCUUCGCAAACGAGACUGGAGAGUCAGAUUCUUACUGUAGCAAGCUCUCAGCCAUGUUCCAGAUCAACAAAAAACAAGCCCUGGCCUAUGCUUGCUACAUGUGGUCCAGCUGUAUCUCAGAGCUGGCCCUGGAGGUUGCCAUCCUGUACUAUGGAGGCCACCUUGUGAUCGCUGGUCAGAUCAGCAGUGGGACUUUGAUUUCUUUUUUUAUAUACAUGUUGGAACUAGGAGAAUGUCUUGGGGAAAUUGCAUCAGUGUACACCGGCCUCAUGCAGGGAGUCGGAGCUGCUGAGAAGGUUUUCGAGUAUUUAGACAGGAAACCCAAACACCCAGCAGACGGCACAGAAGCUCCAGACACAUGCACGGGUCUGGUUGAGUUUAAAGACAUCACCUUUGCUUAUCCAACACGACCUGAGACUGAUAUUCUGCAGGGAGUGUCAUUUGCUCUGCAGCCCGGUGAAGUCACUGCCCUGGUGGGGCCUUCAGGCAGUGGAAAAAGCUCCUGUGUGAGUCUGCUGGAAAACUUCUAUCUCCCACAGCAAGGCCAAGUGCUACUGGAUGGGAAGCCGGUAAACACCUUCCAGCACACCUAUCUGCACUCCAAGGUGGCUCUUGUGAGUCAAGAGCCUGUGCUGUUUGCACGGACAGUAAAGGAGAACAUCACUUAUGGACUGACUGGAGUUCCCAUGGAGGCUGUGGUGCAAGCAGCCAUCAAGGCUAAUGCUCAUGAUUUUAUUACCGCCCUCCCCAAAGGCUAUGAUACUAGUGUUGGUGAAAAAGGCACACAGUUGUCUGGAGGACAGAAGCAAAGGGUGGCCAUUGCACGAGCUCUCAUCCGCAACCCUACAGUUCUCCUCCUGGAUGAGGCAACCAGUGCUCUGGAUGCAGAGAGUGAACACAUGGUUCAGCAGGCUCUGAACAACAUCAUGCAGGAUCAUACAGUCCUAGUCAUUGCCCACCGGCUCAGCACAGUGGAGAAAGCAGACAACAUCAUCGUGAUUGACGGGGGCCAUGUGGUUGAACAGGGAACCCACAGUCAUCUGAUGGCUACUAGCAGGCUCUAUUCUAAAAUGGUGCAGAGGCAAGUGUUGGGCAUGGAGACUGGAGCAGGAGUCUUAAAUUCACCUGGAAAUUCCUGGAAAGGUGGUGGAGGAAGGACUCGCAGAAGACAGAGCAGUAGCAGCAGCACUUCUAGCGGGGCGGAGUGCACCCCUCGCUACUGAAAAGGAAAAUACUGUGGGUAGAGUUUGGGCUAAAGGGUCUCAGGGGUUUCACUCCUUUGCCAUUGGAAAAUGGGAAAUAACUAAUCAUGAAGAACCUGUAACAGUCCAGUCAUUCCUGCAUGUUUGAUGUGGACUCUUAUCAUGUUUGUGACACUAAAGCUAAAUGAAUAGAGGAGCUGUACCAAAAAGAAAACAAAGAUAGGACCUCUGCUGGAAUAAAUGUGUUUAUUAAAGGAAAACAGUACAUACUCUGUUAAAAUAAACAUAUAAAUCUAUUUAGGUUUUUUUUUAAGGUCUUUAUUAUUUAUGUAAAGUCCCAAUCUGAUGAAAAUUGUAUUGUGGUUUUUUUAACAUGUACUUGUGGCUUUAUCUGAUGACAAAGGAUGUAUAUUAUAAAUUAAGUUCAAAAUUGCA